AGAGCAGCGCAUGGAAAUGCCGUUUACCUUGCCUCUGUAGCGGUACCUAUUUAUCUACUUGCACUUUGAUGUGCUUUUGAACUGCUAGGUGGGCAGGAGCUGGGACCGAGCAACGGGAGCUCACCCAAUUGCAGGGAUUCGAACUGCCGACCUUCUGAUCGGCAAGCCCUUCAGUGGUUUAACCCACAGUUCAGUGGUUCAGUGGUUUAACCCACAGUGCCACCUUAGGCUGAACUUAUUCACAUGUAAAAAGAGUUACACGUUACACUGUUGAGACUAUUGUUACAUGGAAUGCCCUCUUCCGAGUCCCAAAGGACUUACCCAUUGGCGGUCAUGCGUCAAUUGGAUGUGCACAGAAUGGCCGCCGGCUGUACAAAGCAGCUUUCAACAAAUUCUUUCCGGAUCCUAGAUGUAGCCAGUCAUGCCAGCUGAGGCUUUGUGGGGUUUUUGAGUCUUUGAGUCUCAAGAGGGAACCACGUAAUUACAGUGGCACCUUGGUUCUCAAACAUAAUCCGUUCCAGAAGUCCGUUCCAAAACCAAAGCGUUCCAAAACCAAGGCGCGCUUUCCCAUAGAAAAUAUUGCAAAAUGGAAUAAUCCGUUCCAGACUUUUAAAAACAGCAUCUGAAGAAUACCCCUAAAAUGUGUAUCUGAAGAAGUGCGCAUGCACACGGAAGCUCAUACCAAUGACAAACUUAAUUGUCUCUAAGGUGCUACUGGAAGGAAUUUUUUUAUUUUUUUUAUUUUGUUCCUAAAACAGCAAUUUAACAUGAAUUUCACUAUUUAACGACACCAUUGAUCCAUAAAAUGAAAGAAAUAAAACACGUACUGCAGUCACACAGUCAAUCAAUCAGUAGCUGAACUGGGUUCCACACAGUCACAAAAACAAAACAAAAAAGAGCCAGAAAAACAAAAAUGCAAAAUAAAUAGCCAAAACAGACAGACCUCAGCGUAACACUCAAAACAGAAGUGUGGCACUGAAAUCGGAAGUGUAACACUUAAAAUGGAGCAUGUUCGGCUUCCAAAAAGAGUUUGCAAACCGGAACUCUUGCUUCCAGGUUUGCAGUGUUUGGGUUCCAAGUUGUUGGAGUACCAAGGCAUUUGAGAACAAAGGUACCACUGUUCCGUGGAACGGGGCUGAACUGCUGAUGUUUCCCUGGCAUGAGGUACAGUACAUGGCUGGGCCUCUGCUCAACUUUCCAUGUGUUAGAAGGGGUAUCUGAAGUGAAGACUUCAGAUGUAAGUUGCUUCUUCACUACAGAUACCCAUUUUAACACACGGCCUUCUCAGCCAGCACCAUGCUAGCCUCACUUUUGAGUAAUUGAUAUGUAAAAGGGGCUUUAUUCUCUAACUUGGGGCUUCUCCUCAUUGCUUUAACUGCUGCAAAACAACAGACAGAUGUAUAAAUGGAACUUUCUUUUACUUGGACCCGCAGAAGUAGAACAAAAAUAGGAACCCAUUAAAGGAACAAAGUAGGAAGAAGGAGAAAGACAAAGGAGAUAUUUAUUAAUCUGAUGAGUUUUGGACCCUACUGUUCAUUCUUCAGGGAAAUUCGGGAAAAUAAAGAUUUGACAUUUAUAUGUCCUGCCUCUCUCCUGAGCUUUCCCAAAGAAGGACCAGAUGAGUCUGAAAUAUGUUAGAUUAAUAAAUCUCUCUCUUGUCUACCGUUUUGCUUCCAUGCAAGUGAAAUUAUUAAAAAUAAAACAAAUCUCCCCCCACAAAAAAAUCCUUAAACCCCCUUUCCAGUUUUUCCUAUUGUUUUGCUCUCAUCUGUAGACUCCUGAACAUCAAAAAUAAUCCACUUAAUGAUAUUUUUGUACACACCCCACUUCUCUAAAUAAAAGUUCCAGUAGCAUGAUACUUACCUGGGCUCCGUUCAUAUGCCAUUUUGUAACAUUUGAGUUUAUUCACAAAGAGUUUGUAUGUAGGUGAACUAACCUGCAGAUGUUUUGAACUACAACUCCCACCAGCCCCAGCCCUCACUGGGGUUGAUGGGAGUUGUAGUCCAAAGCAUUUGGAGGGCUCCAGGUUGGAGAAAGCCAGCUUCUCCAAAAGACAGUCCAAUUGAUUGUCUCACAUCUGAUCUCACAGGGAAAGACAGCCCACAAAAGGCUAGGAACCUCUGUCUCUUCCUCACUAUCUUACUCAACAAUUAUCUGUCUUUGGUUCCCUUUCGCAGAACAUAAUCCUUGGCUGGGGAGGACAUGGGAUUCCAAAUCUGUAAUUCCGAAUUAUAGAAGAGAUUUUAAAUUACUGUGACAAAAAGCCUCCAGGGCCUAUUGAAAAGCCUGUUUUGAGCUGAAAGCUUAUUUCUGAUGCUUCUGAAAACGAAAACAGCAAAAAUAACAAAAGCCUGCAAAUAGGAAUAGCAAGCAAACUUGCAGAGUUUAAUUCUUUUGGAUGCUCGGUGUAUGCACGCUUUGACAAUUUCGUCCUUUCUCAUGUAUAUUUUCAUGAUUCAGUGGUUCUCUCAAAUGUUUUUGACAAAAAUUGGAGAGAGAAAAAAGGCAUCUCCAUUGAGCACUUGAUCAUCAAAUUGCAAGUGUUUUCAAAGAAAUGAGCCUCGCCUUGGACCCCAACUACUUACAGGUAAUUCUACUGCAGGCAUGGACAAACCUGGCCCUCCAGAUGUUUUGUGACUACAGUUCCAUCAUCCCCGACCACUGGUCUUGUUAGCUCGGGAUGAUGGGAGUUGCAAUCCCAAAACAUCUGGAGGGCCAAGUUUGGCCAUGCCUGUUCUACUGGACUGCUGAGAUCACCAAGCCCCCUCUAUGGCUCCCCAAACAGACAUCUGGGGGAGUCAGAGGACUUCUGUGGUUAGUUGCAAUAUGCAUAUGGACUUAUCCAUUUGCUUAAAUUGGGCUGGAGGACAAGAUCUGUGCCAUGCUCUAGUUUGGUGGAACCAACGUCAAAACAGUGGACACUUUGCAGGUACGGUACCUGCAACCGAUCAGGUGCUGCUGCUUCUCCCCACUGCUGCUGUAAGCCUGCUGGAUGAAAGGGCCCCCAGGGUGGCAUUUUGCUGGGGCUGCCCAGACAACGCAGUACCAGCCUUGGCUCUGGACUUGCUUUCCUUUGAAAGGCACUGGACUAUCACAGCCCAGUUGAAGCAAAAUACAAACAAGAACUGCGCCCUAUCGAAAAACAAAAGCACAUUUGGGGAAAAAGUAUAUGCACCUAUUAGAGGUAAAGCUCUUAUCACCCCAAGAUUAUUCGUUUUCAGUCCCAAUGCCUUUUGCAUUGUAUUUAUUUAAACAGUAUGUACAUAGUGGCUUAACUGCAUUCAUCUCUAUGCAGUAUAAAAGAAAUGCAAUACAGAAAUGUUUAAAAAAAAUUAAACUAUAAAACCAGGCUUCAAUUAAAAGAGCUGGUGGAUUUUUUAUUUUUUUAAAGUAAUAAUAAUAGUAAUAAUAGUAAUAGUUAUUAUUAUUAUUAAGUGGUUUCCCCAGCUACUCUGGGUGGCUCCCAACAGAAAAAUAAAUAAAGCGAUAAAACAUCAAGCAUUAAAAACUUCCCUAAACAGGGAAGUACGGUAGGUGCUGAAAGUUGAACAGAGAAGGGGUCUGUCUGACCUCAACUAGAAGGGAAUUCCAUAAACUUGGGCUGGCAGUAAUGAAGACACAAUUCCUGGUGAAUGUGAGCCAUGCAUUCAAACCAAUUGUUGUCUGUCUGACUCUUUGUGACCCCAUGGGCCAUAGCACGCCAGGCUCUCCUGUCUUCCAAUGCCUCCCGCAGUCUGGUCAGACUCAUGUUGGUAGCUUCGAGAACACUGUCCAACCAUCUCAUCCUCUGUCGUCCCCUUCUCCUAGUGCCCUCCAUCUUUCCCAACAUCAGGGUCUUUUCCAGGGAGUCUUCUCUUCUCAUGAGGUGGCCAAAGUAUUGGAGCCUCAGCUUCAAACCAUAGGGGGCUACCAACAGUGAUUCACCCCAAGACCUCAGUGAUUGGAUAGGGAUACAGGGGAUUAGGUGGUCCUUGAGUCAUCCUGGACCCUAGUUACUAAGGACUCUGUAAAUUAAUACAUUAGAAUAUUAAUGCAUUAGAAUACAAAUUCUAAAAGAACCUGAAAUGGUUUCUUAAUUCAUUGCGGGAAACUGAAUCUCUCUCUUGAAGUGCAUAUACAUGGGAUGUUGGAAUUCCUGUGUAUUACUGAAUCUGAGAAGGCUGGUUUAUACAGGACAUAUUUGCUGACACAAAUCACUAACAUUUCCAUGUUUCCACUUCUUACGAGAUAUAAACUUUAUUUAUUUGAAACGCAGUGGUGGAAGUCCAGCUUGGAAUCUCUGUACAUGAGGAUGUCAAAUAACAUUAAAUCCACCAAAGUCUAGCUUAUGCUGGAUACUGGUGAGUUCACAGGACAUCCCGUUUUGAUAAAUACAUUACACUUAACAAGACAAAAGCUCUUGGUUGUGUCUUGGGGAUAGAAUGUCAAAGUUCACUUCUUUGAUUUCCUGUACUCUCUCUCUCUCUCUCCCUUUUUAGAACUUCCACUUGAGGAUUUGGGAAAGAUGAUAUGUGCACAUCCUGAAUAACUAGCGUGAAACGUUAAAAGAAUGAAAGUAAAUUUUCUAAUCUGGACCUUUGUCUACAUCUUCUGAAGUCUUUUAACAGUUUUUGCUUUUGAAAGAAGGAACAUAAUCUUAUUCUACAGAUCAGGAUUUUGCAAUUUAGCUGCAGUUUGAUGAGAGAAGAAAAGAUGGAGAGUUCCAGACCUUCUGAGCUCCUAAAACAACAGCAUUAAGAAACAAACCGGCAGCCCCUGCAUCCUAUAAAGGGAGACCCAGAAAGAUCUCCUUGGUUGAUAGGUUAAAAGCCACGAAGAUGUCCUGGAAAAUCAACAGGGUUGCACAACCCUAGUCUCUCCUGCAGCAAAGGUCAUUCUCCCCGGUGACCAAACAACUAGAAGCUAGAUUGAAAUGGGUCUAGAUAAUAUAUUUCCUCCAGGAUGUCUGGAAUUGGCAGCUACCACCCACUUCAGCACCCUGCUCAAGAAGGGUAUAUUAACAGAGCCUCAUUGAUUGUCUAUAGUUAUCCAAGAUGUGCAAUGGGAUGACUAUACCAUUGGUAGGUAAGCACCUCUACAAGCACAGCUUGUGAAAUUUACUCAGGCAAAUGCAACUAUAAAAUAGGCGAGAGAGAAUGACAGAGAGGGAGAGAAUGUCAUUUUGGAAAGCACAAUUUCUUUCUAUUGCUACACUAUAGUGUAGGUAAAGGUAAAGGGACCCCUGACCAUUAGGUCCAGUGAUGACCGACUCUGGGGUUGCGGCGCUCAUCUCGCUGUAUUGGCCGAGGGAGCUGGCAUACAGCUUCCAGGUCAUGUGGCCAGCAUGACUAAGCCGCUUCUGGUGAACUAGAGCAGCGCACGGAAACGCCGUUUACCUUCCCGCCGGAGUGGUACCUAUUUAUCUACUUGCACUUUGACGUGCUUUCAAACUGCUAGGUUGGCAGGAGCUGGGACCGAGUAAUGGGAGCUCACCCUGUCACAGGGAUUCGAACUGCCGACCUUCUGAUCAGCAAGCCCUGGGCUCUGUGGUUUAACCCACAGUGCCACCAGUAGGUACUGAAUAGGUAACACAAAAGCACUGAUGCAGGGCUCCCAGACAGAGAUGGUGUCACCAGCGUGAAACCACUGUGCUCAAUCUCCUGUCCAAGUGAGACCUCAAAAUGUUGUUAAGAUGCUGAGCACUGUUGUGAAGCAACUAUAUUUUUUGAAGCCGGAGUAAGUUUCCUUCAGAAUCAUGCCUGGCUUUCUUGCCCGUCCCAAGCCAUUGUUCCACUGGUUUGGGUAGGAUCUGAAGUCAGCAAUGGAGACCACUGGAUCCCCUACCCAACUCAACAUGUUUUUUUGUUUUUAAAAAAACUGCUAGAUUUACUGCUGUUACAUUUCUUACACUCCUUUACUAAUCUCCUGAGUAGUCAGCCCAGCCAAUCUGUUCUUUCUGUAGGAGCAGUGGGCUGGGAGAGAGCAAUAAUUCCCCAGAGAAUGGAUAAAUUUGGCAGUCCACAAAAAUUUAACCAUUGAAGUUUUCACUUGGCCCGCUCUUCCUUUGACGUUGUACAUGGAAUGUCAAGGAGCCUUUCUGGAACGAGAAGCGGGUAAGUGGGAGCUAAAUUAUCUGGGCCACUGUGUUCUGUUCUUUUGCAAUGCUUGUGUUUUAUGUCCAGGCAGCUUGGGAACUGCGAAGCGUUAUUUCUGAAGAAAUCCCCUCAAGCUGUGAUUUGAGGCUUUGGCGUUGACAUGACAACCUGAAAAGAAAGCAAGUCGCUCAACAAUGAAAAGUACAGUGUGGAAUAACGCUGAGGGGAGGACACCAAGGCUAUGAAAAAUGGGACGAGACAACAUAAAUUUGGGCAAAACUGAACAAUAAACCUGUACUGAAGAUGUUGUGUGAACAACCCUGCAAAAGGGUGAACAAUCUACAUAUAAUAGUAGUCAAAGUAUCAGGUGUCUGGUAACCAUCCCAAGGAAUGAAAGGAUUGUGUUACUUGCUCUCUGGGCAAAUCUCCAGGAUUGCUGUGUGCCAACAAAAGUUAAGUAUUCUUAGCAAAAGAACACUUCAGUUGCUGAAAAUUGGAGGCAGAAGUGUAGAACGAACUUCACUUUUAGAGUUACAGGAAUACCUAGGAAAGACUAAUUAUUGCCAAAGGCAAGGAAAUAUUCGUAUUAUUUAUUUCUGUUUUAAUUCCAGUCUCCCUGAAACCUCAAGGUUAAUUACAACAUAAAACACCCCCCGAAGUCUAAUGUUUCUGUUGUGUAUUGAGUCAAAGGAUUUUAUAUCUGUAUUAUUAUUGUCUGUAUUUGCAUUAGGAUAAAGUAACUGCCUUUUGGUUCCAGAGGGUACAGCUACUAUUGGUUCAUUUAAGCUGCUGUAUUUGGAUCCUCUGUCUUAUUGGUUUCCUCCAAAAGGCAGCACUGUGAUUGCUUGAUAUUGUUCCCUCCAAAAUGUAUCCCUUCCUAGCUAGUCCCCUGUCCCUAUAAAUGUAGCUUUCCUCUCCUCAGUCUUCAGUCUUGUUCACUUUAAUAAAGAGCUGUUACUAGAGAACUGUCUCCAGCAUGUUUUGUCAAGAGAGCUGAAAUCACAAACCCCACGUCACAACAACUGGCGACGAGGAUGGGAUCCGGAAUGCUGAGGAGCGGUUAAACACAGCCCUGCCUCAGAGUCCGGAUUGCAGCUUAGAACAAGACUCACUGGCCAGCUGAGAAGACGACCCUGCCCGCUAGGACAAUGGAGAGUCCAAGGGUAUUGGAGCCCUUCCAGCCAUCAGAGCCCCACACCUGGGAAGACUACGUCGAACGCUUCGAGUUCUUUGCAGUGGCUCAAGGGAUCACCGAUGCCAGCAAAAGAAGGGCCACAUUCCUGAGCUACUGUGGGCCCGAGACCUUCAAGCUGGCCAAGGCAUUACUUGCUCCAGCGAAGCUGAGUGAGACAUCUCUCAAAGAUAUUCUUGCCUGCCUAACAAGCCACUUGGCGCCUACUGAGACCAAGAUGGCCCGGCGGAUGGAGUUCCAUAAGAGGCAGCAGCAUGCUGGGGAGUCUGUAUCCACAUUUCUGGCUGAACUCCGGAAGCUCGCUCAGCACUGCGGCUUCCAAAAUCUGGAAGAGACUCUCCUGGAUCGGUUUAUUGGUGGUCUGAGCAGCAAGAAAGCCAGAAGACGCAUCGUGGCUAAAGAAGAGGUUACCCUUGCUUCAGCCUUGAAAGAGGCCACCGCCACGGAGAAUUAUGAAAGAGAGGAGCUUGAUGCCAGUCGCAAGGCCACUAAGCCACAGAUAGAAGUUGCGCAUGCCAUGGACGAGCUAGAGGCUACUCCGAGCCAGAGCCCAGUCCGUGGGGUCGAGUCGGUGCGUCAGGCCUGCACAGUGCACAGAGAUCGCCGAGGCAGUUGCCCAGGUUGUGGCGGAAACCAUGAAAGGAAGAGUUGUCGUUUCAGGGAUGCUAUCUGCCGGACGUGCGGAAAGACGGGUCACAUCGCCAGGGUCUGUAGAUCGGCGGCGUCGGGAGCGACAGGAGCACCUAGACUGGAGCAUCGCAGACCGCCCACAGCAACUCGUUUUCUAAAGGACUGCCACUACGUAACGGAGAUCAACGGGAGGGCCGUGCAGUUUCCAGCGCAAGGCAAGGCACACGUCAAGGUGAAGAUUGAGGGUCAGCAGUGCGACAUGGAGGUGGACUCCGGAUCCGCAUUCACCAUCGUGUCGGACCAGACCGCGAAGACAUUCUUCCCCAGGGGUAAGUUGCCCCCUCUGGAGCCCUUUCCGGCAACCUUGCAGUCGUACUCAGCAGGCCGCAUCCAUGUUAUGGGAAUGUGUGCCGUGAGAGUACAGUUCCGGGACAAACAGGCUGUACUCAAACUGGUGAUUGCGAAGGGCAGUCGCCCCAGUCUCCUGGGCACUGACUGGUUCCCUGCCCUGGGACUGAGUAUCUCAGGGCUUAAUUCAAUCCAAACCUGCCCUGAGAUGAGUGAGGUAUUAUGCAAGGAAUUUGCUGGUCUCUUUAAUGGAAAACUGGGUUGUUAUAAAGGGCCCCCAGUUGACUUCGAGUUGGACCCCGGGGUGGCUCCAAUCCGACUCAAACCAAGGCGAGUGCCAUUUGCACUGCAACCCAAGAUCGAGGCAGAGCUGGAUAAAUUGGUCAAGCAGGGAGUUCUCUCACCCGUGGACUCUGCUAAGUGGGAGACUCCAAUCGUCACGCCCCUUAAAGCAAAUGGGGAAGUCAGGAUAUGUGCAGAUUACAAAUGUACUAUCAAUAAGGCACUCAGGGGAAACUCAUACCCCAUUCCAGUCGUAUCACAUCUGUUGGCUAAACUGGCUGGGGGCAAGGUGUUCGCCAAAAUUGACCUGGCACAAGCUUACCAACAGCUGCCAGUAACCCCACAAUCAGCGGAAGCACAGACUAUUGUCACACAUAAAGGGGCAUUCAGAGUUAACAGAUUACAGUUCGGAGUUUGUGUGGCCCCAGGGAUUUUUCAAGGGCUCAUGGAACGCCUGUUAAGAGGUCUGCCGGGGGUCUUGCCAUUUUUUGAUGAUGUUUUGAUUGCUGGGAAAGACCCACAGGAACUGGUUGCGCGUGUCCGUGCAGUGUUGCUCAAGUUCAAGGAGGUGGGGUUGCAACUGAAAAAAGAAAAAUGCAGUUUUGGGGUGCCAACUGUGGAUUUCUUGGGGUUUAAAAUUGAUGCAUCAGGCAUCCACCCCACAGAUGCUAAGAUUAAGGCCAUCAUCGAGGCACCACGACCACAGAACAAGACGGAGUUGCAGUCAUUCCUGGGACUUAUUAACUUUUAUCAUUCGUUCUUACCCCAGAAAGCUUCGGUAGCUGAACCAUUACAUAGACUAUUGCAGAAAAAGAAUGUGUGGCGAUGGGGGCGGGAGCAGCAGAAGGCUUUUGACUCCUUGCGAGGAAUGCUGAGUAGCAGGAGCAUCCUUGCUCAUUAUGAUGAGUCAAAGCCGCUGGUCCUGGCAUGUGAUGCCUCUCAAUACGGUCUGGGGGCUGUGCUGAGUCAUAGGGAACCGGAUGGGUCGGAAAAGCCCAUCUCUUUCUAUUCCCGUACGUUGUCGCCCACAGAGCGCAACUAUGCUCAAAUUGAUAAAGAGGCACUGGCUAUUGUGUCCGGAAUCAAAAGGUUCUAUGAUUAUUUGUACGGUCGCCAUUUCUCCAUUGAAACGGACCACAAACCACUGUUAGGGUUGUUCAACCCAAACAAACAAACGCCACAAAUUCUCUCCCCCAGAAUGUUGCGUUGGUCAAUAUUCCUGAAUGGGUUCCAGUACACCUUGACCCAUGUGCCGGGGAAACAGUUGUGCCAUGCUGAUGCGCUGAGUCGAUUGCCCCUUCCUGGCGGGAGCAAUGAGGAUCCUGCUCCGGCGGAGCACAUUAUGAUGCUAGAAACACUUCCGGGGGCUCCUGUAACAGCUACGGAUAUAGCUGAGAAAACUAGGAAAGAUGCUGUUCUCUCCCGUGUGCUCACUUGGGUGGGGAGGGGGUGGCCAGGUGGUCCGCAUGAAGAAAAAUUCAGGCCUUAUGAGACAAGGCAGCACGAAUUGUCCAUGCAUAAGGGUUGUCUCCUAUGGGGAGAUAGGGUGAUAAUCCCAGCACCACUGAGAAACAGGGUUCUUGAGACGCUUCACAUGGGACACCCGGGAAUGGUCAGGAUGAAGUCGCUAGCCCGAUGUUAUGUGUGGUGGCCUGGAAUGGACCAGAACAUAGAACAAUGGGUACGAACAUGCAAGGCAUGCCAAGAGGUGCGGCCAGAAGUGGCCAGAGCACCAGUCCACUGGUGGGAGCAGUCCAGGACUCCCUGGAGCCGGCUGCACAUAGAUUUUGCUGGGCCAUUCCAAGGGAAGGUCUUUUUGGUUAUCGUUGAUGCAUAUUCCAAAUGGUUAGAAGUGGCGAUGGUCCCUAGCAUGGCAUCAGCUGCCGUAAUCAAGGUGUUGAGGCAGCUGUUUGCUACCCACGGGUUACCUGAGACCAUUGUAUCAGAUAAUGGGGCAGCUUUUGUAUCCCAAGAAUUCAGGGCAUUCUUGGCUGAUAACUUUAUAAGAGGGGUCACAUCCGCGCCCUUUCACCCAUCCUCCAAUGGGCAGGCUGAGCGCAUGGUAAGAACAGCCAAAGAAUCCAUUGCGCGCUUAAUGGAGGGUAACUGGUCGGCUCGCAUUGCGCGAAUGUUAUUUUUGCAGCAUGCGACGCCGUGUACUGCGACGGGCAAGUCGCCAGCCGAGCUGCUCUUAGGUAGAAGACUGGUAACGGUGCUGGAUUAUGUCCACCCAGAUAAAAUGCCAAACCGUAAUUCAAGAGCAACCCCCCAGGCUGAGACUGACACAACAAGGUAUCUCGCCCCUGAAGAUCUGGUCUGGGUGAGGAACUAUUCACGAGGUCCGCGGUGGGUGGCCGGUGUGAUCACCCGGGCUAGUGGACCUGUGUCCUAUUAUGUGACCUUGGAAAAUGGGCAAGUUUGGAAGAGACAUAUAGAUCAGCUGAGGCGCCGGGCGCUCAGCAGGGAGGAGUCAGAUAAUUCAUCCCUGGCUAAUGACGCACAACUGCAAGACCAGAGUGAAAAUGGUCCAGAGGUACAGUCACCAGGGGCUUCAGCAAAUGAACCAGGGUCUGCUAGUCCUCAUGAUGACGAGGUACAGGUCGGGGACCCUGAGAUGUCUGGGACUCCAUCUGUUCCUGAUGAAACCCCUAUAGCAGCCCCUCCACCACAGGUAACACCCAAUCCAGAACCUGCAACACCUGUUGUCAGGAGAUCAGGUAGAAGUUGUAGGACCCCACAGUACCUGAGGGAUUACGUCUGCUGUGCUCACUAGGGGGGGAGGGGUGUUGUGUAUUGAGUCAAAGGAUUUUAUAUCUGUAUUAUUAUUGUCUGUAUUUGCAUUAGGAUAAAGUAACUGCCUUUUGGUUCCAGAGGGUACAGCUACUAUUGGUUCAUUUAAGCUGCUGUAUUUGGAUCCUCUGUCUUAUUGGUUUCCUCCAAAAGGCAGCACUGUGAUUGCUUGAUAUUGUUCCCUCCAAAAUGUAUCCCUUCCUAGCUAGUCCCCUGUCCCUAUAAAUGUAGCUUUCCUCUCCUCAGUCUUCAGUCUUGUUCACUUUAAUAAAGAGCUGUUACUAGAGAACUGUCUCCAGCAUGUUUUGUCAAGAGAGCUGAAAUCACAAACCCCACGUCACAACAGUUUCAGUCCAGAGAACUCUUGCCGACAAAGGAACAUAUAAAUACACCCACCACUUUCUAGAACAUCCCCAUUUAAGCAAAGGGAGGACCCUAAUCUGCAGAAGUUUGCUUGAGCGGUUGGUGGGGGUGGUUUGGAUCUAUAAAAGAACAACAUGAGCACAAUGAAGUCAUGGUCUGCAAUAUUUCGCUGAACAUUAGCAGGCUAGGUGUUUUUUUGGAAAGGCUAUGCCGGUAGGAUCACAGGAAACACAAGAGCCUGCAUUUUCCCAAGUCAAACCAAUGUUCCAUCUAUGUUCCGCCAUGGGUAGCCAAUGCGGUGCUCUCUAGAUUUGCUGGACUCCUGUUGCCAUCCUCCUUGACCCAUGCUGUUGUUUUCGUCUGUUACUAUGUUACGGUUUUUGUUUUGCUUUGGUUUUAUAUGGUUAAACCACCCUUUGAUUCUAGGACGAAAGGCACUAUAAAAGGCAAAGGGUAAAGGGACCGCUGACCGUCAGGUCCAGUCGCGGACGACUCUGGGAUUGCGGCGCUCAUCUCGCUUUACUGGCCGAGGGAGCCAGCGUACAGCUUCCGGGUCAUGUGGCCAGCAUGACUAAGCCGCUUCUGGCAAACCAGAGCAGUGCACAGAAACCUCAUUUUCCUUCCUGCAAGAGCAGUACCUAUUUAUCUACUUGCACUUUGAUGUGCUUUCAAACUGCUAGGUUGGCAGGAGCUGGGACUGAGCAACGGGAGCUCACCCCGUUGCGGGGAUUCAAACCGUCGACCUUAUGAUCAGCAAGCCCUAGGCUCUGUGGUUUAAACCACACUAAAUUUAAUAAAUAAUAAUAAUAAUAAUUAUAAGGCUGCCAGGCGCUGAAGGGAGUUGAAGUCCAGCAAAAUAUGGAGACAUCUCUGGGCUACACUGACAGGUGAUAGCUCUACAGAGUUUUGCCAAGAUUCUUUCCCAGAUCUCUAUGGAUAGUCACUACAGGAAGGAGGCUUGCACAUACAAAGUAUGUGCUCUACCACUGGUAUAUUUUCUCUCUUCAUAAGCACAUCAGACAACUUAGACUUGCCCAGAAGUACAAGUCAGUGUCUCGUGGCCUCUACCAGCCUGGCAUUACUCCCUAAACAACACAGGAGGAUCGUGGCAGUAAUGAAGGGCCUUUGUUGCUCUGAAGAUCAGAUAAUAUGUUCUUUAUGUGAGGUGCAAUGACUUCUCCGUGAAUCUCCCUCUCACACCAAACAAAAUUCCAAAGAUAACCAGACAAUAAUUUCAAAAAGAAUGGAGGAAAAUGCAGAGAAUACUUUAACAGUGUCCCAAAGUAUAUACCUGGACUUGUUUCGAUUGAUUUCUACAGGAGACUUUGCGUUUUUUAAAGUCAUAACUAGGGAAAAUUGUAAUAUUCGCAUAUAAAAGAAACAGUAUACAAGAGGUAAAUAAGGAGGCCAUUUACAGGAUGAAGGGAGUCUUCUAUUUUUAUGUUACAUUUUCUUUAUGUAAGAGGAUAGGAGUUUAAUUUUGAUAAUUAAAUUGUCAAUGGCGGUGGGCUUGUUUCUUUGUAUGUAUGAGUUGUUGUGGACUAUGUUGCAAAUAAAUUACUAAUAAAAUAAAAAAUAAAAAAUAAAUUCCAAAGAUAGUUCCAUGGGGGCUAGAAAAGAUCUAGAGGAAAAGUAGAAACCUCAACUGUUUUUAAAAAGCAGCAUAUGGCUUUGAGGCAGGACCAGCCCAAGACAUCUGGGCACCUGAGGCAGAGCCCAAAAUAAUGACACACACACCAGGGAAGAAGGAAGUGUGCAUGCACACGAAAGCUCAUACCUAUGACAAACUUAGUUGGUCUCUAAGGUGCUACUGGAAGGAUUUUUUGUUUUGUUUUGUUUCGACUACGUCAGACCAACACGGCUACCUACCUGUAACAGGGAAGAAGGGGUGAGGGAAGAUCUACAUCGGGGGAGGAAGAAAGAGUGAUAUUGGGAUUGGUGGCCCAGUUGGACCCA